CCUGAGCGAUCGGCCAGCCGGGCAAACACCGUGAGGAGUUUCCACCAUGAAGCAUCCUGUGCUUAACCCGAGCUUGACCGUAUUUUGAGGUGCUUUCGCUUCUGUUGACAACAGCGAGUUUCCUGCGGUGCCUCUGCCGCGGGGUCACUCCCUGGGCUCGCGUGGAUUUAAUGGCUCUGGAUCGGAUGCGGGAGUAAAGUGAGGGCGGGAUCUCGCCCCUGGUGUGUUUCUUUUGAACUAUCAAAGCGGUUGCUGCCUGGGUUUGCUCUUAAGGGGGGAAAAAAAAAAUCCAAAAAAACCCCUACUCGAAUUUAAUACUUACAGCUGUGUGUUUAUAAGGUUUAUUCAAUAGGCCCUUGUAAUCUGAUCCAAAUGUUUCCUAGCGGAUGUUUCUUUUCCAAAGUAAAUCUGAAUUAUUAAUCCAGCCGCAUCAUUACUGCGUUGGAAUUUGCUUCUUCUCCCUCUGCCCCCUGCACCCCAUAACAAGGCACCUCCGUGCUCCGCGACACUGCACCUUGCCGGGGAGAUGAUUUUGGGGAGACUGGGGGGAGAAGAAAAGGGGAAAAGCCUCCCCAAAAGGGGAAGUGAGGCGGGAAGGAGUGACCCGGUGCAGGCGCAGGCAUGCGGGGGGUGAGCGAGCGGUGCUGGGGCAGGAUCUACUCCGGGUCUGGCUGGGAGGGAUGUGCUGGGGAGCGGAGAGGUGGCGGUGGCUGCCAGGCAGGUGAAGCACGGGUGCAAGCUGUGGUUGCGCCGGGGUCUGUGGCUCAGUGCCCCGAGGCUGAUGUGCUCUUGAUUGGUUUUUGCACCGCUUCCCUCCUGCCCUGCUCCCCUCCAGAGCACCUGGAGACCGUCCCGGGUCCCAGUGAGGCGCCCCGGAUCCGGUUCGUCUUCAACCUCAGCAGCGUGCCGGAAAACGAGGUGAUCUCGUCGGCAGAGCUGCGGCUGUACCGGGAGCAGGUGGAGGAGCCGAGCGCGGCGUGGGAGAGGGGUUUCCACCGGAUAAACAUUUACGAAGUGAUGAAGCCGCUGUCGGAGCGUGCUCAGGCCAUUACGCGCCUGUUGGACACUCGUCUUGUGCACCACAACGUGACGCGCUGGGAGACCUUUGAUGUGAGCCCGGCUGUGAUCCGGUGGACCAAGGACAAGCAACCGAACAACGGGCUGGUGAUCGAGGUGACCCACCUCCACCACGCACAGACUCAUCAGGGCAAACACGUCAGGAUUAGCCGAUCUUUACCUCAAGGGCACGGGGACUGGGCUCAGCUCCGGCCGCUCCUGGUCACUUUUGGGCACGACGGACGAGGCCAUGCGCUGACCCGCAGAACCCGCCGGAGCCCCAAGCACCAGCGUUCCCGCAAGAACAAAAAAAACUGCCGCCGCCAUGCCCUCUAUGUGGAUUUCAGCGACGUGGGCUGGAACGACUGGAUCGUGGCACCCCCGGGGUACCAGGCGUUUUACUGCCACGGGGACUGCCCCUUCCCUCUGGCCGACCACCUCAACUCCACGAACCAUGCCAUUGUGCAGACGCUGGUGAACUCUGUGAACUCCAGCAUCCCCAAGGCCUGCUGCGUGCCCACGGAGCUGAGCGCCAUCUCCAUGCUCUACCUGGAUGAGUAUGACAAGGUGGUCCUGAAAAACUACCAGGAGAUGGUGGUGGAGGGGUGCGGGUGCCGCUGACCCCCUUCCCUGCCACCCUCUCCUCCCCUUCUCUCUCCCUCCUGUCCCACCCCAGAACUGCUUGCUAUAGCUGGACUCUUCUCUAAACUAAAUGUUCACCUUGACCUUAUUUAUGACUUUAUGUGCAAAUGUUUUUGACAAUAAUGAUCAUAUAUUUUGACAAAAUAUAUUUAUAACUACAUAUUAAAAGAAAAAAUAAAAUGA